CUUCAUUGCCAACCGCGGCGAGUUCGACGUCGAAUUCGAUGAGGACGCUGAAGCUCUUGUUGCAGAUUUAGAAUUUAAUCCCCAAGACACCCCCCAAGAAACAGCCCUCAAGAGCUCUACAACUGCCGCGUCGAUGAGCGGCUCUACAGAGGAAGAACUUUGCUGCUGCGGGGCUGGGCAGACUCAAGACAAAACAACAGAGAAGUAG